UUACAAAAGAAGAAGAAAAAUGUGAAGCCCCGCCUUCCCCGGUGAGCGUGGACCAAUCAGGAGUCCACAUCCGGAAUCAGCUCACUGAAACAGUGUGGCUCUGAAACAGGACAGCUAGUUAGCAAAAAUACUGACAGAAAGCUAAAAACAAAACACUUUUCACUGAUUUAUCUGACCAGUAUCCCCCCUGAACACCAGCCAGAAAACCAGCGCACACUACAUCCGCAGACUGUUACCAUGGUUGGUGUAAAAGUCAUCGGGAGCGACCCGGAUUUCCAGCCGGAGCUAGCGGCCGCCGGCUCCAGGCUCGCCGUGGUGAAGUUCACAAUGGCAGGGUAAGAUCGCCAAACCGGCUUCGAGGCUGUGUCGCUAUCCCGGGUCUAGUCUCUCCUUCGAAAAGAUUCAGAAACACCUGGCUCUCGCUUUUUAACUUUUUGUUAAAGUUGACAGGAUGUUGAUAUCCCCGUGACCUGACAGGAGAGGCUUUUAUUGUUGGGGGAACUAGCUGAGGAUGCUAGCUGUUAGCCGAGUAGCAGUGCUUAGAAUGACAUGGCACUUAUUACAGUGUUUGACUGCUGAGGUAUUUCACAGUUUAGAGAUGAAUUAAUCAGAUAAAUGGAGGAUUGUCUGUCAGAUAAAGUCUGUUAUUAACACCAGAAAAAAGCAGCUAUAUAAUAACUCAUGGAAAUGUAACAAAAGUGUAGUAAAAGUGAUGUUCAGUCCCCAGUAUGUCUAACCCUUGUCCUGGUUACAUGUGAUUGAACCUGAUACAGGCUUUGAGGAAUUUGACUUCAAAUAUCAUUAUUACAUUAUUAAGACAUGAAUAGUGACAUGUUAUAGGUAUGUUUUUUAGGUUUUUGACCCCUAAUCCCUUUGUAGUUAUUUGAUUUUUGUUAUAUCCUGAUAAUGGGACCUGAUCCAAGACUUGUAUUUGCCUUUAUAACAGAGUUGUACAUGAUUUUUGUUCACAAAAAUCACAGAAGAUGAACUGUCAGCUUACAGAAACCAUCAGUUUGUUCUGUUGUCUUAGUUUAAGUCCGUAGAAGUUUAACCCCAACCCCAAAACCCUAACCCUAGCCCUGUUAAACAAUACCGGGGUGUUACCCAAGGGAAGCCCUAACACCCAAAAAUUUUCCUUUUUUUUUUUUUGUUCUAACUGACUCCGAAAGGUCUGAAACGUGCUCCUAAAAAGGUCCUGCACAGUGAUUUUAACCGUAACCCCAAAAGUUUAAGGUUUCUAUGAGGAGUCUUCCAAUGUUAAUAAAACAGUAUCUUGUUUAUGAUGAACAAAAGCAAACAAGACCAUUAACAACAAGACCGACCUUUAUGUGUUGUGAUUUUUAAAGCCUGAAACUGUUGCAAGGGAGUUGUCAGCUGAGCAGCUGGAGAAAACACCCUAUUUUUUUCAUUUUCCAUGUAAAAUACUCACAUGAACUGGUAUACUUGACUGUCAAAAUUCAGCUGGAUGAAGUUUUUCAGAAGACACUACCAAAAUAUGGAGAUGACAAGCAAAGCAAAGACAUUUUUUAUUCACAGGGGCGCCAAAACUGACAAAAAUCAAGCGUUCACAGGAGCUUUUAGUAAAUAAGGUGGAUCUUUGUUUUAGUCCGCUAUCUAAUAUUAGCUAAAUCAAACCAGUGGAACUUUGACAAUAUUUACAACAGAAAUGAAAAGGAAGUCUUCACUUUUAAAAAGCUAAAACUAAAUGUUUUUCCUUCGACUCAAUAUUCCUGGUACUCUUUUGGUAUUGUCAGUCAUUCUUACGCAAAUGGACUUGUUGACUAGUUGACCUCGUGUGUCAACAUGAGAGACCUGAGCCAAUAACUGACACCUUCUUCUCUGUCUCCUCAGAUGUCAGCCCUGCAUCAGAAUAGCUCCAGCUUUUAACAUGUUGAGCACCAAAUACCCACAGGUCGUCUUCCUCGAAGUAGAUGUUCAUGUCUGUCAGGUGAGUUUGUAAUUAUUUUUAAAUAUUUGUCGACAUAACAAAGAAUCACAGCAGAGCUAUUCUUGGAUUAAAAUUGCACAGAACAUCUGCAGCAGCAAGCCAUUGGUUUUGGAGAUAACUUGAAUAAACUUGAUGAUAACUUAACAAAUCCUUCUCUGUUUCUCACAGGCAACCGCAGCAGCUAACAACAUCUCAGCCACACCGACGUUCUUGUUCUUCAGGAAUCGGGUUCGGGUGGAGCAGUAUCAGGGGGCAGACGCUGCGGGCCUGGAGGAGAAGAUCAAACAGCACACAGAGAACGACCCGGGGAACAGCGAGGACUCUGACAUUCCAAAGGGAUACGUGAGUGGACUGUGUUCUUUGACGUUUGAUCUCCCUUUUUAUGUAGUUUAUACAAUAAUGUGCGGUCAGGUUCUGUAACACCGGAUCAGUGACGUGAUGUUUGCAGGUUUUAUAUGUGCCUGUUCUAUUCUUGUAAACAAGAUACUUCAGGAAUAACUGGUGGAAACAUCUUUAAAUGUAGCACAAAUGUCUGUUUGAGCUGAAGGGUGAACUGCUUAAACUGUGUUGGUCAAAAUGACUUCCAUGAAAAGUUUAUUUUUUGCCAUAAUUAAUCAUACUUUAUACACUAGUUAUGACCAUUGACUGUAUAUAGUAUGGAUAUCCUGGCUCCACCUCCCAACGUUGUACGAAUUUGAAGCCAAAUUUCUCUCGGUAUUUCCAGGAUUUUUUCUGUGUCCUGGAAACCGGCAUUUGCGCAGUAGCGUUUGGAAAGUCGCUGUAAUGAUGCUCUGCUCAAACCGCGUAUCCCGCAGGUGGUUUAUGCACUCUUUGUAAGCCCAAAGGCUGUGUGAAGUGUCAAUCAAAGAAAACAUGAACCCCCUAAUAAUUUUUAAAAAUGGGGCUGUACAGUAAAAUAGAGGACUUAAGCACAAACCAGUCUUACAAUUACUACAUGUCAACAUCACAACCAGGUGGGAGAAAAUUUUAUAUCCUGUGUAAUCCAUUUCUAAAGUUUGUUCACAACUCCAUAGGGAUUGCUGGAGGAGGCUGGAUUUAUGACCCCUACUGCAGCCUGUCACCAGGGAUGUUGUUCUCAUGUAGGCUUCACCCUGUGAGGAGGCAGAUGACGUCCAUUUUAUAUACAGUCAAUGGUUACGACACAAAGUUCAACAAAAAAAAGGAAAAGACAGAAGCAUGAUGCAUAUGUACCAAAAAUCUUAAAUGUGAUUUCCACCGUAACAUCAUGAUGUUCUCAAACCCCUUUUAUUUGUAUCCUUGUCAACUAUGUCCUCGCCCUAAGACAGGCAAAAAAGCAUCCACCACAAAAGGACACCAUGAACACUGAUCAUUAUAUAUAUUGUUUAUAGUCCCAUUGUAGCUUUAACCCCACAGAAUCUAAUAACUCUGAAAGUUUCAGCAGAACUGUAAAACAUAUUUUUGGUCAGUGUUGGUGCUGAAUCAGGCAGGUGAUUUAAAAAGACAUGUUCAGAUGUGGAUGUUAGAAAAGGUUUUCCAAAGUUGUUUUUGCCCUGUUUACUUUCAGAUGGAUCUCAUGCCUUUUGUCAACAAAGCUGGCUGUGAGUGUCUCAAUGAGAGCGACGACUGCGGCUUUGAUAACUGCUUAAUCAAAGACUCCACCUACCUGGAGUCCGACUGUGAUGAACAGGUAUGUGUGUCAACACUCACGACAUCAAACACUAUCCUGCUUGACAGAUGGAUCUUUCUCUGCAAGCACAAAUGUGAAAGUCUAAUAUCUGAAUCUUUGCACCAGUGCGAUGAAUAAAUACUUGUUUUUCCGGUGAGUCUUUAAAUGUGAGUUAAUCCUCUAAAACCUGAGGACAGUUUUUAGCUGUCAGCCACAUUGUAAUUGUUUUCUCUGUACAUGUUUAAAGAUUUUUCUAACAGCUUGCUCUAACAGCCUCUGUAAUUCUGAUGUAGUUGCUGAUAACGAUGGCCUUCAACCAGCCGGUGAAGCUCUUCUCUAUGAAGCUGCUGUCCUCAGACUUUGGUGAGUUUAUUUCCCAUUACUCUUGAGUCACUCACCUAAGUCUCUGUGCUAAAUAUAUAUUAUAUCAAUAAAAUAUAAUUCCCUAAUAAUUCAUUCUCUGUGCUGUUAUUUCCCCUUCUUCUUCUCUACACUAUCCUCUUUUGUGCCUGGUAGCCCAAGCCCCUAAGGUGGUGAAAAUAUUCAUAAAUCUCCCCCGGUCAAUGGGUUUUGAUGACGCUGAGCGGAGUGAAGCCACUCAAGUUUUGGAGCUUUCAGAGGAAGAGUACAAAGAGGACUGUUUGAUUCCCCUGCGCUAUGUCAAGUUUCAGAACGUACAAAGUGUUACGGUAAGACACAGCUGAAACUAAAGCGCGGUUCACAAAUGAAACAUGCACCUGCUUUAGGUGAAAGUGAUCCUGUUCUUUAUGGCAAAUUUGAAUGUUUGAGUCUUGCUGCCCAUCCAAAGCCGUCUUUUUAUAAGUUUGUCUUUAUUCAUUUGAGGCUUAAAAAACAGCACAUUAGCAUCCCACAUUAUGUUACCACCAAGUGACCACCUCCGGUCUUAAGGAAUGAAGUCAGUGCUGAAUUAUCAAGUUAUCAAGGGUCAGAAAGGUUUCAUUAUUUGUAUAAAGGAUCUAAAACAAAUUCUGUUGAAAGACGAAAUUAGUACCCACACACGAUAUUUAACAAAGUAUUAAAUCUAUUCAUUUUUUUUUUACAAUUGUAUCACCUCUCUAGUUUCAGAUAAUCUAGAAACAUAAAUAUUUACUUCAAUUUGUGACAUGACAUUGCUUUUUUGCAACACACACAAAAGAAUCCCUCUACCUGUGCACACCUGUGUAAUCUUUUUACACUCAUAAGAGCCAAAGAAUGAACGAGGUGAUAAAAGCCCAACUUUCUCCUCUACCUACACAAGGAAAAUAUAUAAUUGUGUGUUUUAUUGUAUGUUUUAGAUAUUUUUAAAUUAUUGUGACAUGAACUUUCAGGAGCAGUAGAAAAGCCAAGUAGCAGUUUUUAACCACUGUUGUUUUACUGGUUUGUUGGUAUUUCUGUUUUUUUCCUAUCAGUUGUUUGUCAAGUCAAACCAAGGAGAUGAGGAGACGACAAAAAUCAACUACCUGACAUUCAUAGGCACCCCUGUACAGGCCACCAACAUGAGCGACUUUAGGAGGGUAAAGACUGGUCACUGCACCUCGAGCUACAUUUAUGAUACAGGUUCUUUGCAAGAAUGUGGUGCUCAUGUUUGUCUUUGUUAUAUUUUUAUUCAGAUUGCUGGAAAGAAAGGAGAGAGUCACUGAGCAAGAGAACAUAAGUGGAUUUGAGAAGAAGAGGAAGAGGAGGCUGCAGAUAUACAUCCAAGGACUUUUCCUCUGCCAAAGCUGCCAGACACUCUGCUUUUACACACACACACACCUUCAUAAACAUACACACAAACACACCAAGCCUCCUGCUGACUCCUCUGGAUCUGAAUGAAUUCUUCAUCUGUAAAGAGUCAGUCUAUAAAUCGUUUGUAUUGUAAUUCUGAUGAAAUUCACUGUAAAUAAAACACAAUCCUUUUUCAAAGGCA